AACUACUGGUGGUGUUAUGGCUAUUAGAGGGGUGUUAGAGGGCUGGGCUAAUACCGUAACAGCUGGCUACUAGCAUGGUGUUAGAGGGCUGUUAAGACUUUUUGAGAGCACAGAUACUUAAUAGUAAGUAAUAUCUUGUCUGGAUGUUUGAACUUUUCGAUUUGUAUCUCGAAAGUUAUGUUUAACUUCUCCACAUAGUGUUUGAAAUGUAUGAUAUUGUAAGAUGUAUUAUGUCAUUAUUUUAUAUCUCCUCAAAGGCUACUGGACAACUGAACCCAAUUUGGACUUUUCCUAGACAGGGUAGCUUGGGAAAAUAAUUAAAAACCCAAUCAGUCUACCUAAUUAACUUUGAAACGACAACUGAACCCAAUCGUCAGUUAGAAAUAACUAAAAGAUAAACAUUUUUCAAAAUACCGCUCUAGUUUAACUUUAAGUUGUCAGGAUCGUGGGAAUGAGGUUUGGCACCGCUGGCCAAGGACUGAUCUCCAUGGUCAAGGAUUACAUGAGCAGGACAUUUCUUGAUUCUGUACCUCUGGCAUCUCCAGGUAGAGGUAGUAGGGUAUCUCGAUCCUUUCUCCGGGUGUUGAGGAAACCCUCUGUGUCCAGACUCCAGAAGUAGUUGAGCUCCUCUUUGUCAGCGGAUGUACUUGCUGAAGACAAUCAUAAUUGGAUUCUGCGACCACCAUCUCUCUUUCUUAUGUAUUGAACCGAUCUGUAUAACAAGCGUACUAAUAUAGAUGACAAGGUCUCAGGUGCCUUUCGAUCGCGAGAUCUGAUCUAACAAGCUUACGUGUUUACAAAGCGUGCCGAAAAGGAUACGAUCCUCAAACAUCGAGAUCCGACCCAAGGCUCGAGAUCUGAACCAUGUCAGGCCCUCCCAAAGCAUCAGAAGACACGAGAUCUGAACCAAGUAACCUGAGCCUAGUAUCCAGCGUGCUAAUGGUGCGUUCCAUCAGCUUUGGAAGAUAUGGAACAGUAGAAGUAUAAGAACGCCCACCAAAAUAGUGCCUUUUGAUGAUCUACAUUAUAUAGUAGGGUAUUAAUACUGUUAAAAUACCUUCUGCAUUACCAAAUAACAAAUAAUGAAGUUGAAUAUCAUCAAAAUAUUGUGUGCAACUAGGACAUUAUUGCAAAGUAAUUUGUGAUAUUGCUUUGUCCCAUGAAUAAUUUCACAACAUGAGAACAUAAAAUAUAGGUAUAUCAAGUCAUGGAUUGUCCAGUAUGGAUGGGAGACGAAGAUCUGAGACAGAUUCAAGAGCAUCCAACUAUACUUGCAGCGAGAUUACUUCACUCCUGCCAAAGAAGUUCCCCAACUACAGGGCUUAUUCAGAAUGCACUGUAAAAAGAAUGCUGAAUCACUGGAACAUUAAACGACACAAUGAUGUUGAUGAUCAUACUUUGCUGACGGCGGUACAGAAUGUUGUUAACGAAAGUUCGGGUCAAUUAGGAUACCGGGAUGUGACUGAAAAACUAAGGUCUCAAGGCCUCUUCGUAUCGAGAGAUGAUGUUAUGAAUACACUAAGGUUAGUUGAUCCACAAGGUGUUGUUAUGCGCACUCCAAAGUUCAAGAAUAAGAGGCCUAAGAAGACCUUCUUCAGCAAGGGGCCAAACUACUUAUGGAGUCUGGAUGGCCAUGACAAGUUAAGUGGGGAUGCCAACUGCCAAUUCGACCUCAAAAUAUAUGGGGCCCUUGAUACUUACAGUAGGAAAAUCAUGUUCUUGUACAUUGGGCGGUCUAAUAGAGACAGUGAAGUUAUUGGACGUAUUUUGUUUGACCAUCUGCUGGAAUCUAGAGUUUUACCGCAAAUGCUUCGAUUUGACAAAGGAACUGAGACCGUCCAUGCUGCAGCUGUACACAAAACUCUAUUGCAACUGAAAAAUGUUGACAAGGAGAUUACAACGAUACUUGGUCCUUCUACUGCCAACAAAAUAGAACGAUUGUGGAGGCAGGUCCGCAAAAAGGUUUGUGAUGGUUUUCGUCACGUACUUAGAGAGAUUGAUCAAGACGGUCUGUAUGAUUCAAGUUGCGAGUAUGACAGGGAUUUAAUUGCUGGUGUGUUCAUACCUGUUGUCGAACGUUAUCUCGACGAAUUCAGGGAGAACCAUAACAAUAUGAGGGGAAGAAAGCAGCGCAACGUGGAACUUCCAUCAGGAACAAUUCCUGAGCAUGUGUAUUCGUGCCCAGAAGAGUACGGCGGAGAGGAGUGUGGAAUCAUGCUUUCUGAUAAGGAUAUAGAGAGUUUCACUGACGCUGAUAUUUUGUCCAACGUUUUUACUGGUAUUAAAAUUAAUUCAGAGUUGGCGUCUGAAUACCUCGUUGCUGCUCUCCCUCGGAUAGCAGAACUUCAGUUAAGUGGGGUUAAAGCGGAAUACACACGAAUAAGGGAAGCGGUCUAUCGAGAUACCAGAUUUUGAUAAUUUCCGUCUCGUUGAAGCCGAGAUUUUAUUAAAGAACGUUUAGUUAUAAAUAUCGUAAAAAAGCUUCUGUUGGUUUUUGUACUGUUUUUUCUUCGGUACACCCAGCCAUAUCCAUACAAUCGUGUUAUAAGGAUUUCAAGUUAACUUGAAAGUUUAAAUGUUAAACUCCGUAAAUUAUAAAGUUGGUAUAAUUCUUUUCUAAGGAUUAGAAUACGAAGUAAGUUAUUAUGAUAAAAUGUUUGUUUCACUGCUAACAUCAUCUUACAAAAUAUAAAAACCCAAGUAAUCUCUCUCUAACAUUCAAUUUUUAACAUUAAAUUUUAACAUUGACUUCUUUUUAGCAGAACUACAAUGUUUUGUUAAAUUAUAACAUUUACUUGAUUGAUUUAACAUUUACAUGUACUUGGUUGGUUAAACACCUUUAAACCUCGGUUAAACGCAUGAAAUUGAUUUUUAGAUUUUUAACAUUCAAUUUUUAACAUUAAAUUUUAACAUUAAAUUUUAACAUUAAAUUUUAACAUUGAAUUCUUUUUAGCAGAACUACAAUGUUUUGUUAAAUUAUAACAUUUACUUGGUUGUUUUAUAUGUGGGUUUGAUUCUUCUG